GAAGUAGAUGGGCGUGACUUAGGUUUUCCUGUGUCACUACGGUUCACAUGUAUGCUUGUUGACAAAAAUAAGAAAUUUAUUCUAGCGUGACAUGAUUCACAGACUUUAAUUAAUGAUUUUGUUUGUUUCGCAACGUACGUUUUCUCUGAAAGAGUCGAUAGUCAUUGUCUUAUAACCUCGAUAACGCCAGAAACGUGGAAUAAAGUGCGCGGAGACGAAGGCUAAUAUUUAACGUUCGUCUAGCUAGCUAGCUAGCCUAGCUUUAACUGAAUUCACUAAAAUAUAACCUGCAACAUUGAAGGCAUGAAUAAAAGGGAAGUUCCAGGUGAAGUAUGUUUAAGGAAAAAAGUUGAUGCUGCACAGGAGAUGAGCAUCAACUCGACCUCGCCGGUCAUCACAGCCUUCAGAGUUUUCCAGCAGGAGCUUGAUGCAAAGCAUGACAAAUAUGAGCGUCUCGUUAAGAUCAGUCGAGAUGUCACUAUUGAAAGCAAGAGGACCAUUUUUCUUUUGCACAGAGUGACCAAUGUUGCAGCUCCUGAGGACGUUCUGAAUGAAGCUGAAGGAAAGCUGGAUGGAGUCAGGCAGAAGAUCAGUCAGAUCGCAGAAGAGCUGAGAGGAGGAGAUAUUAAUCAGUUUCACCGAGCUUUUACUCCAGGAAUUCAAGAAUAUGUGGAGGCCGUCUCUUUCCUGCACUACAUCCGUCAUCGCAGCCUCAUCAGCCUGGAGGAGAUCAACGCCAGGCUGGUGUUCAUGGGGACAGAGAAGGCGGAUCCGAAGGGUUCUGCUGAAGCUGCACCGCGAGGAACUCACGUUCUGACUUUCCAGGUGACGCCAGCGGACUACCUGCUGGGCGUGGCCGAUCUGACGGGGGAGCUAAUGCGCAUGUGCAUCAGCAGCGUGGGCAACGGCGAUAUAGAGACUCCCUUCCAGCUGAGCCAGUUCCUGAGGCAGAUCCACGACGGUUUCUCCUACAUCGGGAACACGGGUCCGUACGAGGUCUCCAAAAAGCUGCACACGCUUCGCCAGAGCCUGGGGAAGGUGGAGGAUGCGUGCUACACCCUGCACGUCCGCGGCUCUGAGAUCCCCAAGCACAUGCUGGCUGAUUUGUUCUGCAGCAGAACCACCCACAUGGACACAGAGGAGGGGGUAGUGUAGCUCCACACGCUUCACUAGUGCGUUUUGUUGUUUUACGUGUUAGCGUUACUCCAUUUUUCGUUUUUACUACAGUAGCGUUGUUACAAUAGAAGUUUUUUUUUCCUAAUAAUCUGAUUACUGCAGUUGUGUUGCAUGAAUAAAAGUUCUGUGCCAAACUUUAAAA